AGCUAAGCCGGAAGAGGGAAGGGAACGGGAAGAUCUGAUCUUUGGAGAUCUUGGCAAACGAGGCAUAUGAUGCAGUGACGAGAUGACAGCAAUGCUUCGUCGCCAUCUCUCCCUGCUGCCGUCCCUGGUGCUGGUGCUGGUCAUCGGUCCCUACCUCUACUGCCACUGCUUCACACAAACACAUCCACGCACACCCAUCAGGCGGCCGGCCAUUCGCAGAAGAGCCAACAUGGGUACGAGUGCACACAGAGGGCAUUCAUAGCCAGAUCAUACAUUCAUGUGUGCGCCUGCAUUCUCUCCCUCUCUCUGUGUGUGCGUGAUAUUGUGUGUGCACAUCAGGUGUCAGGCAUGCACAGCCGCCGGAGGCAGCUCAUCAACCACCAAGUGCACACGAAAGAGAUCACUCGCUCUACCCUGUGAGUGUACACUGGUACACGCGCCACUCACAUAAGGCACUGUGGGUGGGAUGAAUGUCUGUGUGUGUGUGUGUGUGUGUGCAGGCGUAUUCGCUGGUCGGCAUCAAGAAUGACUACUGGCACUGGCGGCCGGAAAUCGGUAUGUGUGUGUCCUGCUUAGGGCUAUGGUUGUGCGUAUGGGUCUCGGUUCUCACUGUGUGUGCAGGCGGUGAGAUGCGAGAGCUGCCGAUUCGAUAUCAGUUCCUGCAGUGCGAGAGCGAGGGACAGCGAGAAGGUCCAUAUGGUCGCCUGUGUGUCUGUGUGUGAUAUGCACACGUUUGUGUGCAUGAGUGGUUGAUGGGUGUAUUGUGUGUGUGCAGGUGUGCCGUCCAUCAUCUGUGUGCAUGGCUUCGGCGGCAAUUGUGACCAUUGGUGACUAUCGACCUACAUAGACACAUACAUACAUACACAAACAUCCCUGUGUAUGUGUCCGUGUGGACAGGCGGCGGAAUGUGCGUGACCUGGCGAAGAACGCCAAUGUGUACACAAUCGACCUACUCGGUGCGGUGCACACGCAUCGAUGCAGGCAGACGCACACAUUGAUGUGUCCAUUGUGUGUGUCCAUUGUGUGUGUGUGUGUGUGCAGGUUAUGGGUACAGUGCCAAGCCCAACCCGCGAGAGCUGCCUCCCAACACAAUCUACAAUUUCCACGUAUGUGCGUACGAAUGCAUAUCGCUGUAUGUGUUUCUCGAUGUGUGUUGUGAUGUGUUGUGGUUAGGUGUGGGCAGAGCAAUUGAGAGACUUCACGCAAGAGGUCCGUGUCUGUGUGUGUGUGUGUGCAUCCAUCUAUGUGUGCCGAUGUGGUAUGUGUGGACGUCUGUGUGUGUGUGGCCAUCAAGUGCCUGCAGGUGGUCAACAACAAACAGAGGGGGAGCCGGUCACCCACUUAUCUCGUGUGCAACAGGUACGCGCAGAGGGAGGGAGAGAGAUGAACCCCCCAGCACACAGGGAAAUGGACACACACACACGCGUGUAGCUACACAUGGAUGCACACCAAUUCAGUAUAUAAUGCAUGUCUUGUCAGUGUGGGGGGCGUUGCUGGUCUGCAGCAGGCUGUUUCUUACCCACACACAGUAAGCACCCACACAUCCACAGUCGAUUGCAAUGCACCCCCUUCCCUCCCCCACACACACAUUCACGCAGGUGGACGGAGUGCUCUUGCUGGACAUCUCUCUAAGGCUCCUCAACGAACGGUGAGUGCGGAUCAGGCUUCCACACACACACACGAUAAGCGAUGUGUGUGUGGUUGCAUGAAUGCAUGCAUGCAGGAAGCAGUCGCCUUUGCAGCGGCCCUUUGUGCGAGGGUGGGUAUCCACACACAUUCACGGGCACAUGCACACAAACGGAUGCGCCCGUGGAUGUGGGAGUGCAUGCAGGCUUCAGUGGGUGCUGCGGGAGACCCAAGUCGGCCAGUUCUUCUUCUCACGUGUAAGUGUGUGUGUGUGUAUGGACCCCAUCAAUCCAUCCAUCCAUCCACUGUGCCAUGUGUGUGUGUGUGUGUGGUGCUGUUUUGUGUGGGCAGAUUGCGCAGAAGGAGACAGUGCGCAAUGUGCUCAAACAGGCCUACUUCGAUGACACACAAGUGCGCAUGAACGUGGACACACUCAGACACACAUGGAUGGAUGGAUGGAUGGAUGUGCACGCACACGUACAGGUCACGGACGAGUUGGUCGAUGCAAUACUGACACCUGGUAAGUACACACAUGGAUACACGAGUGUGGCGGUGCAUCCCUCCCUCUCUCUCUCUCUGUGCUGUGUGUGUGUGUGUGUGUGUACGGCCAAAUGACUGCAGGUCUGUUGCCCGGUGCUGCUGAGGUCUUCCUUGACUUCAUUUCCUACUCAUCCGGUGUGUUGUUUGUGUUGGUGACGGCAGGCACACGCAUCACGAAGAUGGGGUGGUCACUCCCUCAUGUCCACCGUCUCUGUGUGUACCACUCAGGUCCACUCCCAGAGGACCUGCUGCCGCAGACGAAUGUGCCAGUGUACGCACUCAUCGACACCCAUCGACACGCAUACACUGGCGUGUGUGUGCGUGUGUGUUUGUGAUGUAGGUGGAUUGCAUGGGGUGAGAACGACCCUUGGGAGCCAAUCGACAUGGUGUGUGCACGAACCACACCGAUCCGCACGCACACCUGUGUCUGAUGGAGAUGCGUGUGCUGUGCUGUGAUGUCAUGUGCUCCGCAGGGCCGCGACUACGAGCAAUUCGAGUGCGUCGAAGAGUUCAUUGUAAGCCGAUUGCCAUCCAUCCCACCCCACACACCCACACAUCCAUGUGAGUCAUUCUAUGUGUGUGUGUGUGUGUAUGUGUGUAUAUCGCAGGUGUUGGGCUCCACCGGACACUGUCCGAUGGACGAGUCGCCUUCAGAGGUCAACGCACUCAUCGAGCGGUUCAUCCAGCGCAUGUCGGCCAGGAGGAAAGAGAACGAGAGAGAGAGGGGGGUGGCCGUCGCCGACGCGUGAAGCGUGUGUCGCGGGCUGUUUGUAUGUAUAGACAGGCAGAGAGGCCGACCAUCCAGGAGACGGCCAUGGUGGAUCGGACGACGAUGUGCCUUCCGGCGGCUGUGACCUAUGUGGCUUUUGUGUGCUGUCGUGUGUGUAUACGAAUGGAAUCAGCGGCAUGAUGUACAGGCAUUAUAUUUUGUGUGCGAGCACAUGUGUCGUAAGGCGCC